AUGACGACGGACCUCACGAGGCACCGCGUCGUCGCGCACGAGCGCGUCGUCGCGACUUCGACCGAGGCGCUGCGCGAGACGGUCGUGGCCUGCGUGGAAUCAAGCAGGCAGAGAGUUACGUUAUCCCGAGAGUUAUUGCACGUCCUUCGCGAACCUCCGCGCCGUCGAGGAGACACCAUCGCGUCGAUGGCGUGGAGUGCCUGAGAUUUGAGAUUUCCACACAGGUCGUGGCGCUGCACUCGGCGUUCGGGCGCAAAAGCGAGGCCGACGGCACGCCGUGUACCAUGCGCGGGAAUUGGGCGCGCCUCUUCGCCCAGAUGGACGAGGACCGCUCGGGACGCUUAGACUACGACGAGUUCCGCAAGGCGGUCGCGGCGUUGGGUGUAGAGGUCGCCGUCUCGGAUUUAGACGCUUUGUGGGCCUACGUCGAGGCCGACGGAAGCGGCGAGGCGACGAUCAAGGAGUUCCAGGACGCCACCUACUUGCUAAUGAUCGACGGCUGGCCAGUAUUAGACAAACAGGAAAAGCGGGCCUUGGUCUUCGAGCUCAACCGACUGGUGGAGACGCGCCACGAGCGCAAGGCGUUUUAUGACACGGAGGGCGCCCCCACCAACGACAGCGCGCCCGAGCAGCGCUUCAAUUGGUUCAAAAUGUUUAAUAUCUUGGACGUCGACAGUAGUGGAAGACUAGGUUUUGAGGAGUUGGAGAGUGUCAUACGGGCGCCGUAUCCCUGUUUGUGUACGCCCGAGGAGGUGCUGCCGCUCGAACAAAUCAAGGCACUGUGGAAGGCUAUUGAUGCGGAUUCUUCCGGCGACGUGACCGUGGAUGAAUUUAUGGGCUUUAUGCGGUCCUACGGCCCGACGCUUGCGGAGGUCGCGGCGAUGAAGCGGGACGCUAUGCUAAAAAAGCGCGCCAAGGAGCGGACCCGCCGGUUCGGGACGGCUGACGAGAAGCAGGCGCUCGGCGAGGCGCGGUCGCCGGCCCGCCGCGGGUUUUCCCCAGCGCGCGCGCGCCGGUGGGCCGCGGCGCCCCGCAAGCGCGCGCCGUCCUACCUGAGCAGCGUGACGAUCCAAUCGGCGCGCCCGGCUGUCCUCGCGGCGGAGCUCGCGAAGCGCCGGGCGCCGGUCUUCUGCGGCGCGGCCGACCCAGAGGGCCGCGUGCCCCUCGAGGCUCUUGUAAGAAAUGGCCCCUGCUGCGUGGCGAAAUUUAGCGACGUUUGCGUGCCGCCUCGUCUUACUGAAUACGACGUGGCGGUCUGGCAGCACCUCGGCCACCUUGUCCUCGAGUUCGCCGCCACCGGAAAGAACGAGGAGGGCGCGUCGUACGCGUGCCUGGCGACGGACGUCUCGGCCGCCGAGGUGGCGCGAGCGUGCAUGAGGCGUGCCGACGCCGCGAAACUGUACCGGGGACUGUGCGAGAGCGCGGUGUGCGACGCCGACGGCGCGCUGGCGCUCGACGCGCGGCGCGGCGCCGCCGCCGCCGCCGGGGGCGCCCACCGCCGCCGCCGCGGGCCGCCCAAGGCCAACUACUACUACCGUCUCGGGGAGAUAGGCGGCGAGCUGUGGCACGACUGGAUAGCAAACACGUGGUGGCGCGUCGCGCCGCCGCUCUGGCACGCGCGACACGUGGAAGUGGCUCUUUCCUCGGGCGGGCGCGCCGUCCUCGAUUGUACCACGCGUGCCGUCGUCGACUACAAUGGCGCGCCCUCGCUCGAGCUGCGGCUCCGGUUGGUGGAGCUGCUCGACGGCGCCGCCGCCGAGGGCGUUUCCCAGCUAUCCCUGGCCGACGGCCCCAGCGUGCGCACCUCGGCGAACAUGGCCUCGGCCGCGGGGGGCGUCUACGCGCGCGUCCACGCGUCGCUCAGCGCGCCGCUGUUGGCGCCCUGGGCGGCGGCGGCGGCGCCGCCGCCUCCGCCGGACGACGCCGCGCCCGCGCCCGCGCCCCCGGAGGCGCCGGCGCCGGACGGCGCGCCGCCGCGCGCCGCCGCGGGCGCGGCGGCACACGCAGCUUGCCUCGCGCUCGUCCGAGCGCUACGAAUCGACGUCGCGCCCCGGCGGUCGGCCGCCCCGCGCCCGCCCGCGGCGCCCCGCAGCGCCGCCGCCGACCCGGCUGCGGCCCACUGGACGCUGUCAGCGGCGUUACCCGACGAACUCGAGGCGCGGGCGGCGGCCCUCACGGCUGCGUCCCUGCCGUUGAUCGUCAAAACGCAAGCGCGCGUCCGCCUGCGCGCGGCGGCGACGCUCGUCCGCGCCAUGCUCGCCGCCCGCGCCGUGGUCCGCAGCUGGUGCGCGGGGCUGCUGCGCGACGCGCGCGCGCUCCGCUGGCGACGCGCGGCGCUCCGAGCGUACCGGCGCCACAAGGCCGCGGCGAAGAUCGGCCACGCGUGCCGCCGGCUUCUGAAAAAACGCCGCGAGGCCGCUGAUUUUGCUGUUACUGGACGGCGGCACCACGUCGACUUCGCCUUGACGGCGGCGGCGGCCGGGGGCGGGGCGCGUCUCGCGGCCCAGGGCGGGGUCCGACUCGGCCGGGUUGGGAGACGCGUGGUGCCGGGGGCGCGCCCGGGACGCAAAGACAAGGUGUACCUGGCGAAGAGCAAGCCGACGCUAUAAUUGCACCCCUGGGUCCUCUAAGGAGGUUGCAAGUGCACUACGACCCGACUCGGAGGGGUUCAAGUUACUAUAAAAUCCCCGGGCAGUCCCACCCAGGCAGCCACAUACACCCUGACAGACGGUCGCAUACCUCCGUAUGCACCGCGUGCAGGCGCGUAUUUGCCAGUGGUGUUUCUGUAGGAACCUAUGGCUUGUCACCUCUUGAUUGUGCAAACGCGUCUUGCACUUCAAUCCUUUCUUCCUGGUAUUUCUUGGUGAGGUCUUCCUUCAGUGCUUUGAGACGCUCUUCGAGUUUCUGUUCAGCUUCAGCGUUUGCUUGAUCGAUCGCAUUUUUUAGAAGCUGGUUUAUUGCAGCUUCAUCCUUUUGGGUGUUUUUUCUUUUGUUUUCUUUUUAGGUGAUAAUUCUUUUUGUUUUCUAGGCAUUCACUGUAAAACACUCUACGUCAAUAG